UUUAUAAAAAGAAUUUUAAUUGAAAAUUACUUAGUUUUCGCGGGGUUUGUGUCUGCGCAUGCGUACAUCAGUGUGCCGGCAUGUGUGGAAAGAUGUCCUCUCUGUCUUGUCCGAAGUUGUUGUGAAGCAAAAGAGAGAGAGACAAGGAACCCUCUGCUGCUUUUAUUUGAAUACCUAAUCCUUCAGGGGAAGUAUUCACACAUUAACAAGACUUGUUGGAUUGUCCUCAUUGUUGAUAUCAGAUUGUAGAGAGGCUGUUGUACAAGGUGAAGCAAGAGUACCUUUUACAAUUGAGAAAGAUAAAUUUACGCAUUUUGGAUUCAAAGGAUUAAAGGAUUAUAAAAAUGUCACAGCUAAUCUCUUAUCAUACAAAGUGUAAAGUCUUUGUUACGACAGUAGGGCAAGAAGGUCUGUUCUACGUUCACUUGGACACACCAGAAGCAUUUGACUUACCCAGACUCUCUCAAGAAAUAGCCGAAGUGGUCCGGAACAAUUUGGACAAGAAUAGAAGCUUCUUGCCUUCAGUGGGCACCAAAUGCUUUGCUCAGUCGCUACUAGACAAUACAUGGUAUCGGAGUCUCGUAAUGAGUUUGGAUUCUCCUACUACUUACAGUCUAUAUUAUCUUGAUUAUGGUUAUACGGAAACCAAUGUCCCUGUUUCUCGCCUCUUUCCUCAUAUUUCUAAAUUUUUUGAGAUGCCUUAUCAAGCCAUUCAGUGCCAGUUGGCUAAUUUUGUUCCUAAAGAUGGCGUCUGGACGGAAGAGGUCGUUGCUGCUUUAUCUAAUAAUAUUAACAUGCAGGAAGUCCCUGCCAUGUUUUGGGGCGAGUGUCCGGAUUAUGCCUCCUUCCUCACAGAGCACGAUGUUCCAUGUUACCUCACCACCCUUUACUGGGAGGAGUCCAGCGACCACACCGUUGCCGAGGAAAUGGUUUCCAUGACGAUGGGGACACACCCGGAAGAGUCGCCCGAAAAGAUGCUCUCGGUUCCAAAGUCAAAACCGAUGAAGGAGCCUCUGGCCACACCUCCAACUGAGUCUGAGGCCACGCCCACUGGAUCCAAAUAUACUUACCUGUCAUUUGAGAUUGGUUUGGAGUAUAAGAUUUAUAUUUCUCAUGCCGAGUCACCUGACGUCGUCUGGGGCCAGUUCUCUGAUCGUACUGACGAACUAAAUCAACUUGUGAUUGACCUACAAAGUGGUUU